AUGAAAGAAGCAAAGCUCAUGGCGGGUGAAGUACUCGAGCGCUGGCCGGAGCCGACCUCUCUUCAUGCACUCGUUGAGCGGCUGUUCGUCGAGCUCUUUAGAUAUGGCUCUUUAUCAGCAAUCGCGUUUCAUUUCGACUUCAGUCUUGGAGUUCUGGAGCUGCACUGGCGCACAAUCCCCGAUACGAACGCGGCACCGUCGCUUGACGUGAAGGAUUGGCUCACGAACUGCUGCACGAGAACGGUUUUGGCUGCUUCUAGCCUGCGGAUAGAGGGUGUAUUCGCUCACCGUCCGAUUAUACGUCGCCAGCUCGAAGCGCAAGCCGGUCGGCUAGCCUCAGAAUUGCUUUCGACCGUGUUGCGUCCGUGGGCUGCCCUAUACGUAAACGUCUCGUGGGAGGUAGCUCUCAUGGGAAGCGGCACUCUCGCCUUUGCGCGGCACUUCAGAUGGGAUAAUCCGAAUGACGAGGCAGCAUCCGAGCAGCCAUGGCUCCAUCGAAUGCGCCAAUUGCUGAACGAAACAGCGGCUGUUGUGCGGUUUUCCACACACGUCAUCGCGGGGAACUUGCCCGCGAGCCCGAUGCCAUCAAGAUCGGCAUCGGGUGAAUGGCAUCUUGCUCUGGUCCACGGCUUCCGCCAAUGCUGUUGGAUCUUUGGCUGGAACGGGCGACCGUUGAAGAUCGACAUCGAAUGUCUGCAGCGGACGCUCGGCGUUCCGCAUCGCGAGCAGCUUGCUUGCGGCAUUGCACAGUGGCGUGACGGAAACGCUACAUGGGGAGCAUUCCAGGCAGAUGGCUUCGAUCAUGCCCGAACAGCGGACUGCUGGUUGUGCAGUGGCCCAGCCGAAUCAUGCGAAGUGUUCCAAGCACUUCAGUUAAAGCUACGAGAACUCUUGGGGGUAAGCACCUCCACGUUGCAAACGGAUUCGGUCUGGGGUAGCGUGCGCGAGCAAGCGCUGGCCAGUAUCACUGCGUCUCGGCGGUCGUGCCAGCGACACGAUGUCGUGCCGUCAACCGCGUCACUCCGCGAUCCCGUACUCGCAGAUGGCAUUACGUCGACGACCCGCGCGCUGGCAUUCUCCGAGACCCUCGGCCGACCGCGAACGCCGCCAAGCCGAUGCCGCACGCGUCCUUGCACGCGAGAUACGUCGAACUUUCCGCCGUCGCUGAGCGUCUUCACGACGCGCGCCCUUGAGCGCCUACAGCCGGGCUGGGAGAGCGACCUCUACGGGGCGCAGGGACACUGCCCUGUGCCGAUCCUCCCCGACCUUGACAAUGCGCGCGUUGAUCCCACAGCUGCCAGAACGGCGGUCCAACUCCACGCCCGUGAACUUGAAGAUGCAGUUGUCGUCGGUCAAUUUGAUGCCAAAUUCAUUGUGUUCCGAGUGCGCUCUGAAAUUUUUCUAUUGGAUCAACACGCAGCGGAUGAGCGGGCUCGUUUCGAGCAACUCACGCAGAUGUAUCAAGAGUCACUGGACCCCCGGAAGUACCCAACUGCUCUGAAUCGCAGCGUUUCUCUUCGGGUCCCGUUGCUUGUCGAUCUCGGUUCUCGUUGCCUAUCUGCAACGACAUGUGCAUUCCUGCGGCAUUUUGGAUGGUCCUGGGAUGAAGCCUCAUCCGAAAAGCCAAUAGAUACGCAUAUAGCGAGCACAGCUAUCGCUGGUACUGAGCACCGAUCGACUCUUCGAGUUCGCAGUGUGCCAAGCGUUCUCGGUCAGCAGCCGCUCCUCCAAGCUUCAGAUCUGCUCGAGUGCAUUGACUUGAUGUUGGAAACGGAUCACGCGGUUAGCAUGGUACCUGCUGCACAGCGAGUCCUCGAAACGCUUGCUUGUCGUCACGCCAUCAUGUUCGGUGACCGUUUGGAUCUCGCAGCCUGCCAACAGCUUUUGAAGCGUUUAUCGAAAUGCAGGUUGCCUUUCCAGUGCGCCCAUGGGCGACCUUCGGUAGCUGCUCUGAGCUGCCCGAGGCGACCCCGGUGA